UAACCGGGUCCCGGAUGGAGAUUCUCUGCCGACACCCAGCGAUCACUGAGGAACACCGACAGGGGAGAGCACCAGCAUGCUGCUUAGUAUUGUUCAGCAAUACAAAGCAGCAUGCUUACGUAGUAAAACACAGCACACAAUAAAACAGCACACAGUUAACCCUUUGAUUGCCCCUCAUGUUAACCCCUUCCUGCCCACUGCCAUGAGUACAGUGUCAGUGCUUUUUAUUAGCACUGAUCACUGUAUUAGUGUCACUGAAGAUGUCAGUGGCAGUUAGUCAGUUCCCCCCAGUGUCAGAAUGCCCGCCGCAGUCCUG